AAGUACAAAAUCCGUGAGCCAGCCCCGUCCGUGCAGAGGGGAGACGCUCGCGUUCCGCCAGCUUUCUGCCGUUACCGAGAGCGCGCGAGGGGGGACUUUUCCAUUUCUCUCGCUUUUUGAGGAUUUUAACGCAUUUUUAUUAUUAUUCGAUCAGGCCAGAUAGCGGAGGAGAAAAAAAAAAAUACGGGUUACUUUGGAGAAAGCACAAUGUCAGCGACCUUCCCCGGACUUGUCCACGACGCAGAGAUACGUCACGACGGAUCAAACAGCUACCGGCUCAUGCAGCUCGGGUGCCUGGAGUCCGUGGCCAACUCCUCGGUCGCCUACUCCUCCUCCUCCCCGCUCACCUACCCGGCGCCGGCAGGGACGGAGUUCGCUUCGCCCUAUUUCUCGGCCAACCACCAGUACACACCCCUCCACCACCAGUCCUUCCACUACGAGUUCCAGCACUCCCACCCGGCCGUGGCCCCGGAGGCCUACGGGCUCAACUCGCUGCACUCGGGCCAGUACUACCAGCAGAUCCACCACGGAGAGCCCGCCGACUUCAUCAACCUGCACAAUGCGCGCUCGGCCCUCAAGUCCUCGUGCCUGGACGAGCAGCAGCGGCGCGAGCUGGGCUGCCUCGACGCUUACCGGCGCCAUGACCUGUCGCUGAUGACGUCACACGGCUCCCAGGCCUACGGCGUCGGUAUGCACCACCCGGACCAGAGGCUGCUGCCCGGCGGCGGCCUUGGUCUCCCUUCGUCAGGAUCAGACGAACUGCAGGGCUCCGUGGAAGCGCAGUGUGGGCUCGUGCUGAACGGCCAAGGGGGCGUCAUCCGGAGAGGGGGGACAUGUGUGGUGAAUCCUACAGAUCUGUUCUGCUCGGUACCGGGCCGACUGUCGCUUCUCAGCUCCACCUCCAAGUACAAAGUCACCAUCGCUGAGGUGAAAAGAAGACUGUCCCCACCAGAGUGCCUCAACGCCUCCCUACUGGGCGGCAUACUGCGCAGAGCGAAGUCUAAGAACGGAGGCCGGUGUCUUCGUGAGAAAUUAGAUCGUCUAGGCCUCAACCUGCCGGCAGGACGGAGGAAAGCUGCCAACGUCACACUGCUCACCUCCCUGGUGGAAGGUGAGGCGCUCCACCUGGCGAGGGACUUUGGCUACACCUGCGAGACAGAGUUUCCCAGUAAGGCAGUGGGGGAACAUUUGGCGAGGCAGCACAGUGAGCCGAAAGAAACCAGCGCACGCAAGAAAAUGGUCCUAGCUACGAAGCAAAUCUGUAAGGAGUUUCAGGACUUAUUGAGCCAAGACCGCUCUCCUCUGGGCUCCUCCAGACCAACCCCCAUCCUGGACCUGGACAUCCAGAGACACCUCACACACUUCAGUCUGAUCACUCACGGGUUCGGCACGCCGGCGGUCUGCGCAGCUCUCAGCACCUUCCAGACGGUCCUGAGUGAGAUGCUCAACUACCUGGACAAAAACUCGAGCGGGAAAACGAGCACCGACCAACAGAUCAACAACAGCUCAGAAAAGACGCAGCUCCGGAAAACAGCCGAGCCCCAGAGCAAAGACGGGAAAACAGAAAAGACUGAGUAGCCCCCACCCACCCGGUCCCCGUGCCUUGGAGCGCUGCAUUUAGGAGUGUGUGUGUGUGUGUGUGCACACACACUCUCAGAAAGGAUUUGUUAACUCCCACUGUAUCUUCUUUGGGACAAUUCAUAUCGAUUGUUAUUUAUUUAUCUUAUGUUGAAAUGUAACACUAAACUGAACUGUCCCAAACAAGACGUCCUGUUCCACAUCCUGUUUAGGUUUGUGUGUGUGUGUGUGUGUGUGUGUGUGUGUGUGUGUGUGUGUGUGUGUGUCUGUCAUAAUAAGGAGGAGUCAUGCCAUGGAGACGGCUGUGACUAUUCUUUGACUUGUUUGUUUGUUUAUUAAUUCUGAAAACCGGAAGUAAACAUGGACAUGCUGACAUCACAGUUUUCCAGGACAGGGGUGGUAACUGCCAACAUACACACACACACACACACACACACACACACACACACACACACACACACACGGUUUUGGGCAAUUUGAUCUCAAUCCAGCUAAUUCAGGUGUGGAUACAAAAAAAAAAACAUGUUUGUCCUCUGAAGGUUAAUUUAACCUAUUUUGUAUUAAAUUAUUGAGAGAAAUCUCUUUUAUUAUAUUUCUAGUUUUGUUUAAAUUCUCAGGCGAUCUAAUCCAAAAAAAAAAAGUUUAAAUUGAAGUACAAUGACCCUAACCCAAACCCCCCCCCACACACACACACACACACACACCCCUGUACCUGUGAGAGCACUUAUACCCCCCCGAAAGCAGACUUAUUUUUACAGCGUACAAUCAGUGCCAUAGCAACCAGUGUGUUUACCAUGUGGGCAACAGAGAAAAAGACACCAUUACUGGAUGUGAGAAAGACACCACUGCCUCGGUUAGGCUACACUGUGGUGUAUCUGUGAAUGUGUGAUUGAAUGUGUCUUAGUGUGUGUGAGAGAUAAAGAGAGAGAGAGAAAGAGAGAGAAGGGUCCAACUCAGCCAUUUUGUAUAAGGUGACUUUGCGGUUGCUGUCGUUACUCUUCCCUGUGCAUGUCUAUCUUUGUACACUCCCCAGAUCGCAAGUUUAGCCGACACAAGCUCUCUGACUCGCUCAUGAACAUUUGUAAAGAUAUAUAUAAAUAUUUAAAUUACUUUUCUUGUAGGCUUUCAACUAUAUAUAUGUGAAAUCCCUACCUUCUGAAAUGCUGGUGUUCAAUAAAGACAGUUGCUACGUGUUCUACUA